CCCGCAGCUCUGCAGUUUUCAGCAUGGCAGUGGACUGGCUCGGCUUUGGCUACGCUGCCCUGGUGGCAUCAGGAGGGCUCAUUGGCUAUGCAAAAGCAGGUAGUGUCCCAUCGCUAGCUGCUGGCCUUUUCUUUGGGAGUUUGGCUGGACUGGGUGCCUAUCAGCUCUCACAGAAUCCAAAUAAUGUUUGGAUUUCUCUGAUUACAUCUGGAACACUGACCGCCAUCAUGGGAACAAGAUUUUACAACUCUGGAAAAUUUAUGCCUGCAGGGCUAAUUGCUGGUGUCAGUUUGCUGAUGGUUGGAAGAUUAGCACUGAAGAUGGUGGAAAAGCCCCACGAUAAGUAAUUGUUAAUCUUACAAUUUAAUAUCUGGAUAAAGAAACCUGAUAAUAAAGUCACAUGAAUGCAGAAGCAAGAAGAUGGAACCAUUUUCUAUAUCAAGACAAAUUUUUUCCUUUUUUUAUAUAAAGGGGAGUAGAAUGAUGGGACAGAUAGUUUACAUACAAGGUGCCAUUUGUUUCAAUGAUCUGGUAGAGCUAUUAUUGUGUAGUGAGAAAUUGGUCCUGGGUUUGAUUUUUCCAGACACAUUUCAGUGUAUUUUAACGCUUCCAGUUUUUAUAUUCCAAAAUCUACUGCUGACAUGUAUGAAGCAGAGAGGACCUGUAAUAAAGAAAGUAUCCACAAAGAGGCACCAGGAGUAAUUGGCUAAAUAGAACAGUGUAUCUCAUACCUUUCAUACCGAGUAUUACAGUAUGCUUUACCUGUUGCAUUCUGAGUUGAUACACCAUGUCUGUAUAACACCAAACAGAUCUUACCUUUUUAUUGUGAAAUGAUGCUAAAAUGUUGCUUUUCUACAAGUAAAAUCUGUUACAAACCUUUA